ACUGUGUUUCUAGCUUUAGUGCAGCGUUUCUGGUCAGAUCAGUGGGGAUGGGGGUAAGGUCAUCUCAGUGUGCCCUGAGAUGUGUCUUAGAUUUUUUCUUCCAGGUCAUCUUCACUCUUGACUUGACCAGGGCAAUAAGAGAGAUGAUGAGUCCUGAGCCAAAUCAUCCUCAGGACAUGGUGACUUUCUCCGAUGUGGCUGUGAGCUUCUCCCCAGAGGAGUGGCUGUGCCUGAAUGCCUCUCAGAGGAAGCUCUACAGAGAUGUGAUGCUGGAGACCUACCAGCACCUGCAGGCAAUAGAUUGGGAAUUAUUCCUUCAAAACAAAGAUACGACAGUUCAUGCAUGUAAAGACAGAAUGGAAAUACUCGGUAGGAUUAAGAUGAGCUGCAGCCAGCCUUGCUCAGAUGGAUCUGCCCGUGAGCUCUGUGGAAAAGGUGCCCGUGAACUUCUGUGUCCUCAGCCUCGUGGGAACAGAUGCCAAGGUGGAAAAAGCUCCCUGCAGCCCCAGCCAGCCUGUCCUGGCAAGACCAUUCCUUCUCGCAGCUGUACUCAGCUCCCCCAAACACCCAAGGGAAGCAUGGCCCUUCCUGGCUUCCAAGGCAGCAAAAGUUUCAGAGGGAACCUCAUUCCCCUUCCUGGAGUGAACCCCAACAAAAGCCAGGCCGGUGGCAGAGACGACGGGGACCCGGGGCAGUUCCUCAUUGGCGGGAAGCGGGACCACAUUACCCAUCACCGCUACGAGUGCCCGCAAUGUGGCCGCAUCUUCAGCCAGUCGUCGGGCCUGACGAAGCACAUGAAAAUCCACACUGGUGAGCGCCCUUACGCGUGUCAGCAGUGUGGCAAGGCCUUCACACAGUCCUACAACUUGAUCGCACACAUGCGGAUUCACACUGGGGAAAAGCCUUACGCGUGCCACGAGUGUGGCAAAGCCUUCACUGAGUCCUCAGGCCUCCGGAAGCACCGGCGGAUCCACACUGGCGAGCGUCCCUAUGUAUGCCAGGAGUGUGGCAAGGCCUUCACACAGUCCUCGGGCCUGAGCCAGCAUAUGCGCAUUCAUACAGGUGAGAAGCCCUACGCAUGUCAAGAGUGUGGCAAGGCCUUCACCGAGUCCUCCAGCCUCACCAAGCACCUGAGCACGCACACGGGGGAGAAGCCCUAUGUCUGUCAGUGGUGUGGGAAGGCCUUCACGCAGUACUCAGGCCUGAGCCAGCAUAUGCGCAUCCACACAGGUGAGAAGCCCUACGCAUGUCAAGAGUGCGGCAAGGCCUUUACCGAGUCCUCCAGCCUCACCAAGCACCUGAUCACGCACACAAGGGCGAAGCCCCAUGCCUAUCAGUUGAGUGGGAAGGCCUUCACGCAGAGCAUGUACCUGACAAAACACAAGCAGAUGAGUCCCAAGGAGAAAGAGCCCACGCGUGCCAGGAACCCAGGAUUGGCUUCAUGCGGGCCCUGGUCCUGCACCAGCCUAGGAAAAGCCAAAUGGGAGAGAAGAUAUUUGAAGUUCCAGCCCUCUGAACAAAGGGAAGCAGACCCAGUGUCCAGAAACUCUGUCACUCAAAGUGGGCUUGGGAAUGUCACCAAAAUGGGGAAUCAGUUGGUGCUGUCCGCUGCUGUGUGGAAUGCUGGCUUGCUCUAAGAAAUGUCUCUAGCAAAAAUAUACUUG